CGUUACUCGUCUUGUUCCCGACCUCAAAUGUUGAAUAUUCGAAAACGGCCAGCACCAGAACCAAUAAUACCCCUCAACGCCAGAAAACAGUCCCGGACGGCUAUACUGAAUAAUAUUGGGGAGAAACAGUCCCCAUCCUCGAAUCACGGUUUACUUUCACGGUGGAGCGGUUUUGCCAAAGACUUUGUUGAGUUGGGUCUAGAUACUUUCAAUUUCUUCCUACUGGGUGAAGAAAAACAGAAACGCGGCAACAUACCUUUCAGAAAUUCACCUUCGAAUCCUAUAGUAAUAUCUUCCAGCCCAGAACCUUCCCAAACUGCACGCGAAGGGCCCAUCAAGACACCACGAACCAACUCUUCUUCCACCCAAAGAAGGCAUUCAGACACAUUUACGUCUGAACUAUCGGAAGGCCCCUUCACCGCACGAUCUCUCUCAUUCCCUUCUUCAUCCACCCCCGGAAAUAUCUCGCCUGCGCUUAUACCACCAUCACCUUUUUCUUCAAGUAGAAAACGCAAACUAGGAGCUAUGGGACCCCCUCCAGAACCCUCGAAUCUCCACUCUUCACGCUUCUCCCUUGCACCGUCCGAGGCAACUGCCUCUGGUCGCUCUACACCACGAUCUGCCGUCGAGCGUGAGCUGAAAACAUUGGACGUAUAUCCUAAAAAGCAUUUCCGUCACAGAGAACACAUCCACGCUGCUCAGCAUAAACGUGAUGUACAGGCUUCAAGGAAACUUGAAAUGGAAGAAAUGCAAAAGCAGUUGUUCAAUUUCAACCAGAGGAGAGGUUAUCGCUCGAAUUUCUCGACUUUCAAAGGUUUUCUCGAUUACAAGAGUAAACUGGAGUCACUUAGUGAAAAUAAGCGGGAUAUACUUUCUCCAUCUUCAUCUCUCGGAAAUCUCCGCUCUCAUUUUGCAGACGUGGAGGUUUCACGGCCCAGACGCCAUUCGGACGCGGACACGAAAGCGCAAUGGCUAGAAAGGCAGCUGGAAUUAGCUAGGCAAACAUUAUCUGGACCCAAACCUCCAAUUCCGUUUCAUCCCUCACUGGAACAGCUUCGUAUCCGAGAAAGGACGAAAGAUGGCGAGAUUGAGCAGAGGCUUCGUCCGAAACGUGCACCGCUUCCGAAAUCUCUUAGUCCCGAAGAUGAAGCGCAGGUCAACGCGUUCCUGAAGAAACGUGGUGCCAUCUCCAAAUAUGCCAGGGAGCAAGUUUCCGACCAAGAUAUUGUGCGCCUACGCCCCGCUAGUUGGCUCAACGACGAGAUCAUCAAUUUCUACGGCGCUAUGAUUCUGGGAAGAUCUGAAAGUUACAAAGACGAUAAAGAGAAUAAAGGCUCGUCUGGCAAACCGCUGGAUGCUUAUUACUUCACUACAUUUUUCUGGACAAAGCUGGAGAAGGAGGGGUAUGAAAGGGGACGUUUAGCCAAGUGGACUAAGAAAGUCGAUAUAUUCUCUAAAGAUAUGAUCCUUAUUCCCGUUAACCACAAUAAUAUGCAUUGGACGGGAGCAGCGAUCAACUUCAGAAGAAAGCGAAUAGAGUCGUACGAUAGUAUGAAUACCAUGGAUCGAUCGAGGGUUUUCAAACACCUCCGAACAUAUUUAGAUUCAGAGCACCGAAACAAAAAGAAGACUCCUUUCGAUUUUUCCGAGUGGAAUGAUUAUACUUCUGAGGACACACCUCAGCAGGAGAAUGGGUACGAUUGCGGGGUUUUCACUUGCCAGUUUCUCGAAUCCCUUUCUCGUGGAGAAGAGACAUUCAACUUUACCCAGAGUGAUGUACCCUAUCUUCGCCGGCGAAUGAUAUGGGAGAUAGGGAACGCCAAAUUAAAAGACGUCCCAUAGCAGACCUUUUGUAUUCCUCUUCUCGU